AUGAUUUUAUCUGAAAGGAAUAAACCUAACACUCUAUUGUAAAGAAAAUACAAACCCAUUUCAUUAUCCUAGGUUUUGAAAAAACCUUUAAUUGUUAAAUCUUUACCUCCAAUAUAUGUUUCUCCCUCAUAAAGAACUUAAUAGAAAAAACCUUUAAAAUUAGAAAAUUGUUUAUCUUAAAGACCUUCAUAACCUUAAAUUUUUAAUAAAUUUGAAGGUCUUGGAGCUAUUGGGCUUUCAUUUAAUCCAAUUGAAAAGGAACCUCUUUAAUAAUAAUACGCUUUAAUGAGCAGUAAAAAACUUGCUAUGCAAGUAUCAAAAAAGUAUACAACGCAUAGAAAAAUUAACAUAAAACCAUUAUAACAUUUAUCGGAGAAAUAUUAUACAGAAGCUUAGAUAGACAAAGUAAAUAAAUGGUCAUAAACAACUUUUGAUGAAGAUCAAUUAUUGGAAUAUUUAAAUACAUGA